AUGGCGUUUGAGGAGCUUCUGGCCAGGGCUGGGGGUGUGGGACUCUUCCAGGUCCUGCAGAUCUGCAUCUUGCUUCUCCCUGCCCUCUUGGCACCUUUUCACAUACUUCUGGAGAAUUUCUCAGCCGCUGUCCCAGGCCACCGCUGCUGGACCCAUGUGCUGGACUCUGAGGUGCCCACUCACCUGACCCACGAGGCCCUCCUGGCCAUCUCCAUCCCACUUGGCCCCAACCUGCAGCCUGACCAGUGCCGCCGCUUCCGCCAUCCACAGUGGCAGUUCCUGGACCCCAAUGCCACAGCUGCCAACAGGAGUGAGGGCGCCACAGAGCCAUGUGUGGAUGGUUGGGUCUAUGACCACAGAACCUUCACGUCCACAGUUGUAACCAGGUGGGACCUGGUGUGCAGCUCCCAAAGCCUGAAGGCCCUGGGCCAGGCCAUCUUCAUGGCUGGGACCCUGGCAGGAGCCCUUGUCUGGGGAUCUCUCUCCCACUGGUUGGGGCGAAAGUCGAUGCUGCUCUGGUGCUAUCUUAAAGUGGCUGUGGCUGCUGCUGGCGCCAUCUUGGCUCCCAACUUCUUCAUCUACUGUGGCCUUCGGUUCCUGAGUGCCUUUGGGCUGGCUGGUAUCAUUAUGACCCAGGCCACACUGAUGGCUGAGUGGACCACAAUCCGCAGGAGGGAUGUUACCAUGACGAUCUUGGGCUACACUUACAGCACAGGCCAGAUGGCCUUGGCAGGCCUGGCCUUGGCCUUGUGGGACUGGCGAAACCUCCAGCUGGCUGUGUCCAUCCCCUUCUUGGCCAUAUUCCUGCUGUCCUGGUGGCUGCCAGAAUCUGCACGAUGGCUGAUUACCACAGGCCAACCAGAAAAAGCGCUUCAGGAACUCCAGAAGGUAGCUAGGAAAAAUGGCCACAAAGAAGCCAAACAGACGCUGACCAUAGAGGUGCUGACAUCUAGCAUGGCCAGCGAGGCAACCGAGACUCCGGGAUCUGUGCUGGACCUGUUCCGUGUGCCUGUGCUCUUCCAGAGAACCUGCGUCAUUGCGUUGGUGAACUUCUCCCUAUUGUUGUCCUAUUAUGGCCUGGUCCUGGACCUGCAAAGCCUGGGCAGGAACCUCCUCCUCUUGCAGACCCUCUUUGGAGCGGUGGACUUCCUGGGCCGAGCCACAGCCGUCCUAUUGCUCAGGUUCCUGGGCCGCGCCCACAGGACCCUGGGGGGCUUCUUUGCCCUGGCGGGGUUCUGCAUCUCAGCCAAUGCGCUGGUGCCACAAGACCUGCAGACUCUGCGUGUGGCCCUGGCCAUCCUGGGGAAAGGCUGUUUCGGUUUGUCGUCUCUCUCUGUGUACAAGACAGAGCUCUUCCCGACUCAGCUGAGGAUGACAGCAGAUGGCGUCCUGCAAUCUGUGGGCUGCCUAGGGUCCAUAACAGGCCCCUUGAUUAAGAUGGCCAGCAAGGCGCUGCCGAUACCACCACUCACCUAUGGGGCUUCCAUUGCCUCAAGCCUGGUCCUCCUGGUCUCCCUCCCGAAGACCCAGGGAAUCCCACUCCCAGACACCAUCCAGGACUUGGAGGGCAGAUCAUCCACAGCCAAGGGUAACCAGCAAGAGGUGGUCAUUAUGGAAAGCACCUGGUCCUAGAAACAUCACCACCAUUGGAGCCAUUGGCUGGCGGAAGCCUCCUGGGAAGGAGUGGCCCCUUCUUCAGUCUGAAGGAGGAAGCCCUUGAAUGACCAGGAGGACUCACCCUAGCAGGGCCGGCCGGCUACAUGGCUGCCUCCUCUAGCUGGAGGUAACUCUCACUCCAGUACUUCCCUUCCUCAGCAUCUUCUCCAUCCUGCCCAAGCUGGAUGUCCUCUCCACACCUUCACUCAGGACCCUAGCUCAAGAUUAGGGCUUCAGACUCCCCAUUGUGUCCUCAACUGAGUCCUCAGCUAUAAAAUGGAGGAAGGCACUUACCUUCCAGAGUUGGGUGUGGGCCCAACUGAUCUUCGUUCCGGUGAGAGUUCAGUACCCAGUAUGCUAACAGCUGCCAUGUGUGGAUACGUAGGUUGUGCAUCAUCUCGAGGCACUCCCCAGAGGAAGCCUGUGGGAGCCGGCAUCCAGCCGGGAUUUGCCCUGGCUCAGCCACCUGCCCUCUGGGAGCAGUGAAUAUUACAAGAAAGGGCUGCUUUAAUCACUUCCUGUUGCUCAUUGGUGAGGGGUAGAUUCCUGCCCUGGGUUUACACAUGGUCCAAACACUGGACAGACAAGACCAAUGGCAAUUUAAUUUGUCAUGCCGGAGAGGCCAGCCCUACCACACCACACAGGCCACACGGGUCUGCACACAGUGUCAAAAUAAACACCCAGGAGCUGUGGGAAGCAGGAUUCGAAGUACCAAGUGACUCCUGGCUUCUGCGGAAGAUGUGACUAGCUUGCUUGCUGGUAGACAGGGAACCAAAGCCCACUGGUUAAAAAACACCAUUUUGGUGUCCAAGGGCUGUGCCAUCUCUGGGCCGUGUUGAU